AAGUAAAAUUUUAAUUCAGUUUAAAAUUCUCACACAAGACAAGAUUUUUAUUAACUUAUUUGUCGAAUAUCAUUAUCACAGACCGUAAAUGAAUAGUUGUGCAAGUAUCGUUGAUUCCUUCGAUUGCCGCCAUUUUGUGGGUCAAACCUUAACGUCCUCAAUUGCAGACCAUUUUCUGUGGCGAAUAGCACCAACGCGGCUGCUUUUUUCUCUGCAGCAGGUCGUGGGACUUCGGUGCGUUGAUACCAGAAGAUGAAGGCGAUAACAGUGAUUAAGAAGACAAGCAGGGCUGCGAUUGCGACAUAGCUUGGAACUGUCAGCGGCAUUCGUGCCACUGGAGUGCAUGUUGUGUUGUUGCACACUACCCUAACACCGACCAAAUGACCCGAAGGUGUUGCAAUGAUUGUACGUGCACCACUAACACGUGUUGUGAUUCAUUACCGGUCGUUAUGACAACUUGAUUUUCGAAUGAUAAAAAGUAAAUUGUUUUUAGAUAAAAUCAUUACGGACGAACGGUAAGUAUUGUACCCUUUGAUGUCCUAGAAAUUUACCUAUACAUCGAUUUGUUGGAUUAGUUUGAUUUGGGUUAUUUUUAUUUAUUGACCUGUUUUUAUGUUUAUUCGAUGGAAAAAAUGUCCAAUGUGCGUAUCUACUGAUCAAUUUGAUGUUCUAGUAGAAAUAACGCGUGUAUGACAUAACCUGACCUUGACAGCACGACAAAACCGUAUAAAAUGAGAUUUCCGCGUUUGGGAAUUUUCCCAAAGUUAUCGCUCGGCAAACACGCAUGUGAAUCACACAGCGCGAAACAUAUUCCAACUCGCUACAAUAGCAAUUUGCUAUCGUCCGUAAUUGCCGACAGCGCUGAGAAGAAAACGCGCAAGAUGGACGCCAGAGAAUAUCUGUAUAAAUUUGCCGGCGGCGCCGUUACGAUGGAGAAGGAUCCCACGCGCGGCGUCGCCAUCAUCACCUUGGACCAUCCGGAAAAGCGGAAUGCCAUUAGUGGUCGUAUGAUGGUGGAACUACAUGAUCACAUUAGAACAUUAGAGAUGUGGGACGAAGGCAAAGCUUGUAUUUUACAAGGCAAUGGUGGUAAUUUCUCAUCGGGUGGCGAUUUGAAUUUCGCACGUGAUAGCGGCACACCAGAGGGCGCUUCGGUAAUGAACACGUGGAUGAAUGAUACUUUAAGUAGGCUUAGCGCGUUGAAAAUGUUCAGUGUUUGUUAUGCUGAUGGACCAACACUUGGAGGUGGGACUGAAAUCGCUUUAGCUUGUGAUUUCAUAUUAGUAAAUGAAAAUGUAAGAUUUGGACUUGUUCAUGGUAAACUCGGGAUUGUCACUGCAUGGGGUGGGGGUACUCGAUUAACACAACGUAUUGGAAGACACAAAGCCCUGGAUCUACUUUUAUCAGCACGUAUAUUAUCAGCGAAAGAAUGUGUUGAUAUUGGUAUAGCACAAGAAAUAAUCCCCUCGAUGAAUAUAAACAAUUGGUUAGAUAUAAGACUACAACAUCAUUAUACAGUGACACGUGCAUUCAAAGAAAUAACAACUCUCCCUUCAAAUAUAGCACAAUCAGAAGAACGAAGAAUAUUCCUGCCAUUUUGGGGCGGUGAAUUGAAUAAAGCCGCGUUGAAUAAACGUGUUAAACACGUGACGGCGACUGCGAACGAUGACCAAAAAUAAAACACAUUAUAUAUGAUAUGUCUUCACAUGUGCAAAUCAGGAGUGAUCAUCAAGCGACCAUAACUGUACUAGCAUUGUAUUGUUCCAGUGCGCUUGUGCAAUCUAAUAUAAUGCAACAUCCACAGGUA